AUGCUUCGAGGAUUGAGAAUACUUGGACCUAGGGGUUCUAUUUUGGAGCCAUAUGUUAGUUCCUUACGAGUGUCAUGUAACUAUACUUCAGCCCAACCAUCAGUUAAUUUGCAAAAAUUACCACAACUUCCUGUACCGAAACUGAAUGACACUUUAAAAAAGUAUUUAAAAAGUGUUCAGCCAUUUUUAAAUGAGGAAGAGUUAGCUAAAACAUCAUCACUCCUCAAAGAAUUUGAAGCAGGAGUUGGGUUUACUGGAAAAAAAGAGCUGAAAAAACACCUAAAUUGGCUUGAAGAUUGGUGGCUGAACACUGCCUAUUUAGAGUACAGAGACCCUGUGACUGUAUAUUCGAGCCCAGGUCUGGUCUUUCCAUUCCAAAAGUUCAAUUCUCAACAAGAUCAAUUGAAAUAUGCUGCAAAAACUAUUUUAGCUGCUUUAGAAUACAAGUCCCUUAUAGACAAAUAUUCCAUGUUGAUGUAUGGGGAAGUGAUAACCAAGAGAUUGAAUGAAAAUCAAAUUGUUGAAGCCCUUCAAAAAGUAAUGGAUCAGUCUGCAGAGAUCACCAGUGAUUGUGUUGGUGUUCUUACAUCUGAGAAUAGGGACAAUUGGGCCAAGGCAUAUCAGCUUCUAUGUAAAGAAUCGGUGAACCAGUCGUCAUUGCGUGAUGUAGAGCGUAGUCUUCUCGUGCUAUGUCUGGACAAGUCGGCCGGUCUGUGGCGCUGCAGCACUGUGGACGAGCGGUUCACGCUGGCCGCCGCUCACACCAUACACGGCGCGGGGGCCGACAACAACGGAGCCAACCGCUGGUUUGAUAAGACUAUACAGUCGGCGCCGAUGGCAUCACUGGCCUUACGUAUGAAACAUUCUCCCGCUGAAGGACAGCCCAUUGCUGUAUUAACAGACUUUCUUAUUAAAUACAUACUAGCGGCCAACUUGGAUUUGGAUUGUUUCAAAUACGACCGUUAUGGCAAAAACUUUAUAAAGUCCCAGAAAAUGAGCCCGGACAGUUAUCUGCAAAUGGCAAUGCAAUAUGCUUUUUAUAGCUUGCAUAGACACCUGGCGCACACUACGAAUCUCCGCGGCGACCCGUAUGUAUGUGGGAGGUCGUACGGAGACCAUCCGAUCGUGUUCCCCGGAGUCAGUGGCUUUCGCGCGAGCCAUGUUAGACCCCUCGGCCUCCGCUAA